GGAGUCAGGAAUAUAAGUACUGGUAUUUGGCCUCCAGGCACAGUUGCAAUGGUUGGGUAUGACGAGGCAGAUGUGGGAGCAACAUUCAUUUCAUACACUUCAGAGAGAAAUGAGUUUGUAUCUUACACGCAUCCUGUGGGACUAGAUGAUAUACAAUGGGUUUCAAAGUAUCCUGGACAAAAAUCACCAAUGACAAAUAUAGUAAAGGUUUUUGAUAUCUAUACUUGGAUUGGUCUGUUAAUUAGCACUGGCAUAGCUAGUCUUGUGCUUAUUGGUGUAGUGCAUAUACUAAGACAUCUAGGCCUAAAACAGCCGGAUAGCAUAGCUGUAGCUUUAAUGCCUUUAAGCCUACUGAAUGCUGAGCCUAUGCCGAACUGGUUUCUUGUCUCUUCUAAACGAAUUUACUCUGGAAGCAUUCUCCUUGUAGUCUGGGCUCUUUGUUCUGCUGUGAUAACCUAUGCUUUCUCAAGUAACCUAAGAGCUAUCGUUCUCUCUCCCUCAUAUGAAACCCCAAUUGACACUGCCCAGCAAAUCGUUGAAAAUAAUUUAAUUCCUAUUGUUGGAACACAGGAGUUGGUUUACACUUUUCUAAAUUUCUCCACCAAUCCUUGGUUUGUGAAAGUAGCACAGCUGGCUAUCCCGCCAACAUCUACGGAUGAAAAAUUUGAUGCUAUUCUAGCAGGAACUAGUGUUACCUCUAAUACUCAGGAUUUAUUGCUUAACUACAUUAGUCAGGAUCCAACCUUAAGUCGCCUAAAUAAACUUAAACCGCCUAUUUUCUAUUUUAGCAAGGAGAGGAUAAGAUUUUACUAUGUUGGUUGGAUGGUUCAGAAGAAUUCUAAAUGGAGAAUUCAUCUGGAUAAUCAUAUACUGCUCUGUGACCAGGCUGGUUUUUAUCUGAAAAUUAAAAGAACUAUGAUUAAUACAGCUGUAAGUGAACAUACCAUAUCUGACAGGGAAAAAAUGAGAGUGGAACACAUCGCUGUAGCAUUUAUGCUAUUGGGAAUUGGAUACAUAAUUUCAACAUUAGGAAUGUUUUUUUUAUGAAUUUCAAAUUGAGUUUUGUUGGUUUAAUCUGAAGAUAUACUCAUGGUCUGUAUAAUAAUUA